AUGAUUAGCAGAAUAACAUUCAAUAAUUAUAAAAAAAUUAGUAAUAAUAUUAAAUUGAUUAGUAUUAGUAAUAAUAAUAAUAUUCAAAUUCCAUCUACUUAUCAUAAUUCAAAUUCUAAAACCAAACCAACUAAAGAGUUUUUAGAAUAUUAUAAUAUUUUAAAUAAUGAUGAUUGCUCAACUAAUAUUAAUAAUAGAUAUUAUUCAACAAGUAAAACAGAAUCCAUUUUAAAAUUACUUAAAAAGAUAAUUGGUGGUCACUUUAAAACUAUAGAUAAUAGUAAUAGUAAUAAUAGUAAUAGUAAUAAUAGUAAUAAUAAAUCACCAGAAACCAUUGAUGAAGAGUUAAUUGAAAAAACAAAAGCAAUAGCAUAUAGGCUAUAUAAUUUAAUAUUAACAUUUGUAAUUUAUAGAAUUUUUUAUUCAACAGAUCCAAAGUUUUGGGAAGAAUAUCAACUUACAGAAAAGAAAAGUAUUUUAGUAGAUUUCGUCGAAGUUUUUAAUAACCCAACAUUUGAAACACACAGAGUUUAUGGUUUUAUAAUCGAUUAUCUUUUAAAGAGAAACGAGGAAAAGGAAGCACUUUAUUUUUUUAGCAAAUUAAAAUUACAAACCAAUUCAAAUGAACAUUAUUACUAUUCUUCUUUCAACACAUUCAUAACCUACUAUGUACAGAACCACAAGAAUAUAGAAGCACUCAAUUUCUUUAGAGAUAAUAUAGUAUUAUUUAGAGGCUAUGUAGAAUCAAAUUAUUUUUUAAUGUUUUUGCAAAAUUGGUUUCAAAUUAUCAAAGCACAAUUCCAACAAAUCAAAAAGACAAAUACAGCUGUAUCAGCUUCACAACACCAACAUCAGCAACAACAAAUAAUACAGGAACAAUAUGAAAAGAAUUUAGCAUUAUUAAUAAAUGAAAUUGUAAAGAUUAUUAAAGAAAAUAAUUUAUUAAAUAGAAAGGUAUAUGAAAAUAUUAUUGGAUCAUUAAUUUACACAAAGCAAUUCAAAAAAGGUUUACAAAUGUACGAAAAUGAAUAUAAAGAGUAUUUAUUACAAGAGCAACAGGAACAACAAGAGCAAUUAUCAAGUGAUAAUAAUAACAAUAAUAAUAAAAAUGGCAAUAAUAUUAAAAAUAGUAAUAAUAUAUAUAAAAACAAUAAUUUUGAAAAUGAUUUAAAUUAUUAUUUAUUUCAAUCAUUUAUUAUUAGUGACAAUAUGGCCAAGUGUAAAAGCCAUUUUAAAGAGGUUAUAGGUAAAGGUGGGGUUAUAAAGCCAAUAGUAUUAUAUCAUUUAUUAAGCUAUUCAAAAGACAAAGAUAACAAGUUUUUUAAAGAAUUAGAGAAUUAUUUUUUUUACAGGUGCAUAUCAAAUAGAAAGUCAUCAGCAUUAGUAUUGUAUUUAGCAAAAUCUUUUGAAGAUCAAUUUACAUUUGAAGCAAUUUUAAAAAGACUCAAGAGAUUAAUAAAGGGUGGUGGUCAAGAGCAGAAACUAGCGUUAUCAGUUUUCGAUUUUACAAUUUUACUAUUUUUAAAGGGUGCAAGAUAUGAAGAGGCGUUAAAGUUAUAUUCAAUGAGAUUGUUGGAUUUCGGUUUAGCUCCAGAUGAACAUAUAGUCUCAUAUUUUAUGGCAUAUCAUAUCGAACACUAUGACUUCCAAUUGUACGACUACUGGGCCCAAUUAGCAAAAAGCUUUAAUAUCGAAAUAACUAAAGAGCGUUUCUUAUCAGAUUUCAAUACCUAUAGAGAGUAUGGUCUUUUAGAAAAUUAUAACCUUGCCAAAUUCUUUUUAAAACUCAGAGUACCAAAAGAAGAAGACCCAGAAUAUGUUAAAUCUUUAGUACCACCCAAUAGAGCUUUAUCACAAUUUAAUUUUAGAAACAAUUUAUGGAAAAGAAAGCCUGAUAGCAUCGAUGAAAAUAUUGAAUCAUCACAACUUAGUUUAUUAUUAAACGAAUUAAACUUUGAAGAUAGCGCAGAAGAUGAUGGUAUUCACAGUAAAGCAGAACCAUUGGGAUCAAAAUUAAUCGAUAUUGUCAACAAAGUAAAGAAUACAAGCGAUUUUAGGUUAUUUAUAAAUCAAUUCUAUGCACCUGGUACCAAAUUUUUAAAAUCUAUAGCGUUUGACCCAUUAAUUUAUAACAGCUUUUUAAGCCCAACAGCCCAACCCAAACUAAUAGCUUUUGGAUUGGAUCUUCUUUACAAAGAACCACAAAGCAUUUUCAAUUUACCAACUACAACAAUGAAUAUAUUUAAUUUAUUCCUUGGUCACCAACAUUUAGAUAUAGCAAAUAGAUAUUUUGAAAAAUUAAUUUUAAAUCAUAAUAUAAUGCAUAUCGACGAUAUACCAACCAACAGGGAAAACUACUUAAAAAUAUUGAUUUCAGAUAGAGUAAUGUCAACUAUAUUGGAACAUUUAAAACAAAAGAAACCAUUACAAGUUUAUAUUUCAAACAUCCUUUUAAAGAAUUUAUUGAUCAAUUACACUAAAACUCAAAUACCGCUCUAUGAAGUUCUCUUUUUGGAUGCACUACAAAAGAUUACCCAUUUCAAUAAAGAAACCAUCAUUAUAUAUUUGGAUUAUUUAAUUAAAAAGAAGGAGAAGCAAAACCCAUCUAUAUCAGAUUUGGAAUUGGUCAAGCAUGUUUUAGAUAUCGACUUUGUUUGGGAUUUUUAUGAUCGUCUCAAAUCAGUUCAAGAUAUAUCCUCUGAAAUUUAUGAUAAUCAAAAUAGUGAAGUUGUCGAUAUAGAGGGCAAUAAAAAUCACACAGAACCUAUUCAAAUUAGAUUACCACCCAAAAUAAAUGUAUUACAAGCCACAAAUUUACUUAAAAAGAUGGAUCUCCUCCAACCUAAUCAAACUAUUUUAAUAAUCGAAGCACUCUGUCAAAAUACCAAAUACCUUAAAGCAUUAGCUGAAUAUCUCAAAACUUCAGACUAUGAAACCAAAGCCAGUGUAUUAAAGAAUUUAUCUCAAGUCUCAUUAAGAAAUUUAAUAGCUACACAAGGUAUAAAUAGUGAGAAUACUUUAUUCAUUACAGAAAUCUUUAAUAUCUACCAUCAAGUAAACAAAUCUAAAUCAUAUAAAAGAGACUUAAUUAUGUUAAUCGAAUCAAUCAAUAGCCCAGAUAUAAGCUCUAUUUUGGAUAACAUCACUUUAAUUAAUGAAUUUAUACCAAUUAAAUUUUUAAAAGAACCUCCUGUUUAUGAUGAUAUGGAUAAUAGUUUUAUUUAA